AUGGCAAACAAGGCAACAAAAAAGUCCAAAAAGCCAAAGAACAACCAACCUCCACCCCCAAUCGACCCCCCAAACCACGAUCAGCCACCGGAAACCACCCAAUCUCCAACCGAUACCCUUCCCAUGGGCUUAAGUGAAACUGACUUCCCUCCGCUCCCACACAGCCCCAUCACCGGCAACCGCCAGGCCCGUGACGACGACAAUAUCCUCGGCACCGCCGGCGAGCCCACUAAGGAACUCCUCCCCAACGAUGGAAUGCAAGUCCCCGGCGUGACUGCCGGCACACCCGGUAAAGAGGAGAAGAACAGCUUGCAGAUCAAGAUCCACCUCAACCUGCACGCCAAGGUCCGUCUCGACCUCGACGCUAAGCUUUACGGUGACGUUGUCAUUGGACUGCUGUAA